UUUCUUUCUCUCCUACGCUUCUACGCACAACACGCUCUCUCCCUGUGAAAUCUAUAGCUCUUCAAACACUUCUCCAAAUUCCCUCAGUCGAAAUCAAUGGCGGGCCGUGGAAAAACUCUUGGUUCUGGAGCGGCGAAAAAGGCUCAAUCCCGGAGCAGCAAGGCCGGUCUGCAGUUUCCCGUCGGUCGUAUCGCUAGGUUCCUCAAGGCCGGAAAGUACGCCGAGCGUGUUGGUGCCGGAGCUCCCGUCUACCUUGCUGCCGUUCUUGAGUACCUCGCCGCUGAGGUGCUUGAGUUGGCUGGAAACGCAGCAAGGGACAACAAGAAGACUAGGAUUGUGCCAAGGCACAUCCAAUUGGCUGUGAGGAACGAUGAAGAGUUGAGCAAGCUUCUUGGGGAUGUGACCAUCGCCAAUGGUGGAGUGAUGCCCAACAUUCACAACUUGUUGCUGCCAAAGAAGACUGGAACCUCAAAGCCUGCUGAGGAUGAUUAGAGAAGUGGAUUCUGGGUUGGGGAAUUAUAAUCUAGGAGUGUUACUUUCUCAAGUUUUCUUAAAAAUAGUUGGGGUUAAUGAAGUAGUAGUGGUUAAUUUAGUGCUGGUUAAAAGUCUGGUUUUUCUUUUGUUGUUCGGGAGAUUUAGUGGUUUAGGGUGUUUUAGAUUUAUUUCUUAGGUUGUUGUGAAUAUAAGUGAAGUGCAUGGAUUACAGAAUCAGUUGAUUUCAACUGUUUCCAUUCUCGUGUUAUUUAACACUUGUUGAAAUGCGCACAUUGAAGCGAGAUUUGGGUUUUAAUUAUACUAAUGUUCUUUGGUUCUGAAUUACAUGUCUCACUCCUUUCCUUUUUGUAUUGAAUUACUUUCAAUAAUUUGGUUUUAUGAGGGUUUAUUUGGUGAAGAAGGAAAAGGGGAAGAAGUGGUUUAAGGAUUACAACUAUCAAUCCCCUUAAAAUGUUUUAAUUUUUUUACUAUCAAGACUUCCCAUUGUAU